AUGGUGUCUAGAUCAUAUUCAAACCUGUUGGAGCUAGCUUCAGGCGAGUCCUCUUCCCCAUCCUUCAGUCGUAUGAGCCGUAGGAUCCCUCGAAUCAUGACUGUCCCCGGAAUAAUCUCCGAUGACGAUGACGAGUGCUCAGAUAGCGUCUCGUCCGACUCAUCAUCUUCGAACCCCCGAAAGGACAGGAUAAUAAUCGUAGCCAAUCAGCUCCCGAUACGGGUCCACCGCAAGACCGAUGGCUCGAAAGGUUGGACUUUCACGUGGGAAGACAACUCACUCCUCCUCCAGAUGAAAGAUGGGUUAGGGCCUGAUGAGAUGGAUUUCAUAUACGUUGGCUGUCUGAAAGAUGAAAUCCACCCCAAUGACCAGGACGAGGUGUCCCAGAUCCUGCUCGAGACCUACAAAUGUGUUCCCACCUUUUUGCCCCCAGAUUUAUAUAGCCGCUACUAUCACGGGUUUUGUAAACAGCAGCUGUGGCCCUUGUUUCACUACAUGCUGCCCUUGUCACCUGAUUUGGGCGGCAGGUUUAAUCGUUCCUUGUGGCAGGCUUACGUGUCAGUCAACAAGAAUUUUGCUGACAGGAUAAUGGAGGUUAUUAACCCGGAGGAUGACUUCGUGUGGGUCCACGACUACCAUUUGAUGGUUCUGCCCACUUUCUUGAGAAAGAGGUUCAACCGGGUCAAGCUUGGGUUUUUCCUCCACAGCCCGUUUCCCUCGUCCGAGAUCUACCGGACCCUGCCCAUCAGGGAGGAGCUUCUGCGGGCCCUUUUAAAUUCGGAUUUGAUUGGCUUCCACACAUUCGACUAUGCCCGUCAUUUCUUGUCGUGCUGUAGCCGGAUGUUAGGUCUCACGUACGAGUCUAAGAGGGGCUACAUCGGGCUCGAGUAUUACGGCCGCACGGUCAGCAUCAAGAUCUUGCCUGUCGGCAUCCACAUGGGCCAGCUCCAGUCGAUCUUGAGAUUACCGGAGACUGAGGCAAAAGUGACCCAACUCAUCAAACAAUUUUCAGGACAAGGAAAAACUAUGCUUCUAGGUGUAGAUGACAUGGACAUAUUCAAAGGCAUUAGCUUGAAGCUGCUGGCAAUGGAGCAGCUUCUGGUGCAGCAUCCGGAGAAGAAGGGCAAAGUUGUCCUUGUGCAGAUAGCAAAUCCUGCCAGGGGCAGAGGGAAGGACGUGAAGGAAGUUCAGGAUGAGACGUACGCCACGGUCAAACGGAUAAACGAGACGUUUGGUCAACCUGGGUACGAGCCCGUUAUAUUGAUCGAGCAGCCGUUGAAAUUUUAUGAGAGGAUUGCGUAUUACGUGGUGGCCGAGUGUUGCCUGGUGACGGCUGUUAGAGAUGGAAUGAACUUGAUACCGUACGAGUACGUGAUUAGCCGGCAGGGCAAUGAGAUACUAGAUCGGGCUCUCGGGCUAGAGGCUCCAGGCCCGAAAAAGAGCAUGCUGGUGGUGUCCGAGUUUAUAGGGUGCUCGCCUUCUUUGAGUGGGGCCAUUCGGGUGAACCCCUGGAAUAUCGACGUGGUAGCCGAGGCAAUGGACUUGGCUCUUGUGAUGGCUGAACCAGAAAAGCAAUUGAGACAUGAAAAACACUACAAGUAUGUGAGCACGCACGACGUGGCUUAUUGGGCCCGAAGUUUUUUGCAUGAUCUGGAGAGGACUUGUAAGGAGCACGGGCGUAGAAGGUGUUGGGGCAUUGGGUUCGGGCUAAGCUUCCGGGUUGUAGCGCUCGAUCCAAAUUUCAGGAAGUUGGCUAUGGAGCACAUAGUGUCGGCGUACAAGAGGACGGGGAAGAGGGCUAUUCUAUUGGACUAUGAUGGAACUUUGAUGCCUCAAAACUCGAUCGAUAAGAAGCCCAGCUCGAAAUCGUUGGAUAUUAUAAAUGAGUUGUGUAGGGAUAAGAACAAUAUGGUUUUUAUUGUAAGUGGUGGGCGACGGGACCAGUUGGAGGAGUGGUUUUCGUCUUGUGAGGACCUGGGAAUUGCUGCGGAGCAUGGUUAUUUUCUCAGGACGAGGCGUGAUGAGGAAUGGGAAACGUGUAUACCAGAAGUGGAAUGCAAUUGGAAACAAAUUGCGGAGCCCGUAAUGCAGCUCUACACGGAGACAACAGAUGGGUCAGUGAUCGAAUUUAAAGAAACCGCAAUGCGUUGGUGUUAUGAGGAUGCGGACCCUGAUUUUGGGUCGUGUCAGGCUAAAGAGCUUCUCGACCACCUUGAGAGCGUGCUUGCUAAUGAGCCCGUUACCGUCAAGAGCGGAACAAACUCUGUCGAAGUUAAGCCUCAGGGGGUGAGUAAGGGAGUGGUGGCGAAGCGUGUGUUGUCGGGCAUGCAAGAGAAUGGGAUGUGCCCGGAUUUUGUGCUGUGCAUUGGUGACGACAGGUCGGACGAGGACAUGUUUGAGGUGAUCACGAGCUCUAUCCCGGGGCCCACCAUAGCUCCCAAUGCAGAGGUGUUUGCAUGCACGGUUGGGCGUAAGCCGAGUAAGGCCAAGUACUAUCUUGAUGAUACCCUCGAAAUUGUUCGACUCAUGCAGGGAUUGGCCUCCGUUGCUCACCAAAUGCAAAUGCAAAUGCUGCCCCCCAUUUAA